AUAGCGAAUAUCAGUGAAUUAAUAUUAAUAGCGAAUAUCGCGAUACUUUAUGGCGUCCAAUAUUGAAACUCCUUAACAAACAAUCAAUCACACGCUCCCAUUCUUCAUUGUCUCUUUGGCCUCUCUCUCAUUUUCUUUCACUUCAGUUUGGUUUGACUUUGUGAUUUUUCAACUGGGAGAGUGAAUGGGAAUUACUCUUCCUUUUGGUGUCUUGGCUGGUUUGCUUUCCUCUGAUGGCUUUGUUUCUCCAAGCAAAGAAAUUCAAUGGCUGGUGUCUGUAUUCACCGGUAUCGUCUUCUGCGUUAUUGCUUACAGAUUGACUGCUAUCUUUAGUUCUCUAUUGUUCACGGGAUACAGCAAAUUGAACAGUGCACAGAAAAUUGAAUGGAAUAACCGGGGAAUCUCAACGUUUCAUGCUCUUUUUGGAGCAUUUAUGUCAUUUUACCUCUUGAUGUUAUCAGAUUUCUUCAAUGACGAUUCACAAGAAACAUUGGUUGUUAGUAGAUCAUCUACUUUCUCAAAUGCAGUAUUGGGGAUUUCUAUAGGUUAUUUUAUAACAGAUCUUGCGAUGAUUCUUUGGCGUUUUCCAGCUUUAGGGGGUUUGGAAUAUGUUCUACACCAUGGACUGUCCAUGUUUGCAAUGAUCCAAUCUUUGCUAAGUGGUCAAGCACAGAUUUACAUACUAAUGGUCCUCUUCACCGAGAGUACAACACCUUUUGUAAAUCUAAGAUGGUACUUGGACGCUGCUGGUCUUAAGAACUCUAAACUAUACAUCUGGAAUGGCGUUGCGUUGUUCUUCGGGUGGUUGGUUGCAAGGAUUUUCCUGUUCAUUUUCUUUUUCAUCCACAUGUGGAUCCAUUUUGAUGAGGUGGAAGAGAUCUACCCAUUGGGUUUCUACAGCGUUCUUAUGGUACCUCCUGUGAUAGCAAUUAUGAAUGUGUUAUGGUUCUGGAAGAUUGCCAAGGGUAUGAUUAAAACUCUUUCAAAAGCAAAACACAGCAAGUGAACCCAUUACAUUUCCUUCUGCUCCUCUUAUGUGCGAGUCCAUCUUUUUUUGGUGCACAAAAUGGUCAUUGAAUUGAUUUAGGGACAGUUGUAAUCUACAUCUUUUCAUUCACUUACAACAAUACUUGUAAGAUUCGGUACAGACGUACAGUUGAAUCUUGUACAUUUGGUAUUACCAAAUCGAAUAUUUUUCUUUACAGUGACUAAGGCUGUGUUUGGAAGAGUGUAUAUUGCAAGUGUCUGGAUAAGAUAGAAAAUAGAAGUUGGAUCCCACUUUCACAUA